UAGGUGAAUCGUUUUAGUACGUAAAAUGAUUUGGUAAAAAUCUCAAGUUUAAAAAGGGUCUCCGGUACUGUGAUACAACUAAUCUUUACUGCUUAGUUGUGUUUCUCACAGGACAAAAAAGUGCACAACUUGCACACAAUGUCCACAAACACAACCAUUACUCAUCAGCAACCUCAACAUUCAAGAUCACUCGGAGAAUACAAACGGUGGUUACGUGUGUCCCUAUACACAAUCCUUCUUCUGGCAGGCCAAUGCUCAGCCACUCUUUUGGGGAGGUCAUACUUUGAGAAAGGUGGCAAAAGCAGAUGGAUUGCAUUAUUUGUUCAAUCAGCUGGAUUCCCUAUACUACUUCCACUCCUAUUUUACUCUCAAACACACGCCAAAUCAACAAAACACCCCAAUAAUGAUUCCUCCAAAACCAAACCAAAAAUUUCCAUUAUAUUUUCCUUGUACCUAGCUUUUGGCUUAGCGAUGGUAGCAAUGGACUUGAUGUAUGCCUAUGGACUCCAAUAUCUUCCUCUUUCCACUUUUACACUAGUGUGUGCAUCCCAAUUAGGGUUCAAUGCAAUUUUCACUUUCUUCCUCAAUUCCCAAAAGCUCACUGCAUUGAUAAUCAACUCUAUAGUGGUCCUUACCAUGUCAGUUACCCUGCUUGCAAUCAACACCGAAUCUAAGGACACAAAGCACCUUCCCAAAGAAAAGCAAAUAAUUGGGUUCUUCUGUGUCCUUGCUGCAUCUGCCAUGUUUUCUUUAUAUCAGUCUCUUUUGCAGGUUUAUUUUGAGAAAGUUAUGAAGACAGAAACCCUAUCUGCGGUGUUGAACAUGAAUUUCUAUCCAAUGCUCGUUGCUACCUGUGGUGGCAUAGUGGGAUUGUUUGUGAGUGGAGAUUGGAAAACUAUGGAAACUGAGAUGAAGGAAUUUGAAAAGGGUGGGGUUUCAUAUGUAAUGACUCUGGUUUGGAUUUCUGUGACGUGGCAAAUAGCAUGCGUUGGCAUGUUAGGGUUGACUUUUGAGGUAUCUUCGUUAUUCUCAACUGUAAUAGGUAAUCUAGAAUUGGCCAUAAAUCCAAUCCUUGCUGUCAUGGUGUUUCAUGACAAGAUCUAUGGGGUGAAAGUUAUAGCAUUCUUGUUGGCUAUAUGGGGCCUUUUGUCGUAUAUGUAUCAGCAUUAUCUGGAUGAACAGAAAGCUAAGGAAAAUAAAAGUAAUGGUUUUGAGGUUUCAAAGGGAGAGGGAGAAAUUUGAUGAUGGACUUCAUGGAACACAUUAAAGUUAUAGGGAAAUUUAUAUCUAGGAGUUGAGUUUAGACUAGAGAUUGGAGAAGAGCCAUGUUGUCGUUGAAAUUAUCCAAUAUUAGGAGCUCACGCAAUAUAUAUAAUGAAUAUAACAAAUCUCCACCUUUCCUUUGAGUUA